UUUUACCUUCUUUCAUAGACAGAUAUUUUUAAACGAAACAUUUUCAGUUAUUUCUGUAUGAUGGUAUAAUAAGCUAAUUAAUAAUUUAACUUCUGAUUGGGGACGCAGGCAGGCCUUCUGUUGAUUCCAACGUAUCGUUCCUGUCGCAGCCUAUUCCCAUCUGAGGACACGGGCUGUCUUGUCAUUUACCACGUGGCGAGUCCACCGAGCUUGUAUAUCCAAGAUGACAAUACUCGAACAAUGCUUCACAGUCGAGUGACUCUCUUUUCUCUCUGUGUCGCAUCAAGCUUCAUUUGUGCUGCUGCCUUGUGUCCCAAUAACUACAAUUUUACAAAUGUUGUCAUCGCCACAGUAACGGCAUUCAGUGCUUUGCCUGUUUUCUCUCGUCAAUAAUUAAUGGUAUCUAUGCUGAUUGGCUGGCGGAUCCCUCCCUGUCCCAGUCACACACCUGUUAUAAUGUUACUAUGAGUGUUUUACUACGACCCGGCGUGGAGAACACCUGAUGUAUGUGGUGAUGCAAGGAUUAUUAAGGUUGUGAUACUGGGACUGCGGUGGAUCUACUAGCGUAUAUACUGGCUGCUGUAUAACUGGCUGAUAAACAGUGAUAAAACAGUGAUAAAACUGCUGUGGCUGGUGUUUUUCGCUUUCAGGCACAUGUUAUUUCUUGAUAGGAUUUAGUGUGGUUGUUUGAAAAGUUCACGGAACUGAUGGAUAAGAUUUUGUAAUUUACAGACUUCACUACUGCAGGCUGUAUCCAGAUACAUAUCACCUAUGCUGCUCAAAAAAGUGACCACUGCUCGGUGCUGGAUGCAUGGCCACACAUGAUCCUGGGGGAACCAGUAUGACGUAUCCCCUUGUCCUAGUCUUCAUACUGGGACCCACACUCCAUGGCAUUGUUGAUGCCUGUGGACGACAGCCUGCAAAGCCGAACCCGACAGAGUAUCCUCCCUUGAUCACAUCUACUUUGGCCACCCACCGGUUAAAAUGCAAUGCAGCGGAGACUGAGAAAAAGGGAUGUCUCAACGAUGGAAAAUGUUUUGUGGUAUUAUUAGGAAACAGGACUACUUCUUGCGAAUGUCCUGAAAUGUACAUAGGAGACCGGUGUGAAGAAAUUUCUCCAGACAUCUUCGGUGAAUUGCGGAAAGGCGAUGUCAUGGUGGGAGGAAUUGCUGGUGGGGUCUCUGCGCUUAUUAUCGUUAUUGCAAUCAUCAUCUAUGCAGUUAUUAUUAUUAAAAGACGGCGGAGGGGACAGGCAGCGCGGGGUGUCGUGUUAAAUGGAGGACCUGCACCCAAUGGGCCUCUGCUGGAGCAUGGGCAACCGGUAAUACAUGGUCCCAUAGAUAACGAUACCACCAUCGCCAGUCCAGUGUGGAUCUACAGAGUUGGUUCCCCUUUUGAUUGUGCACAUUGUUGGGCUGCUCCAGUGUCACGUUCAGUCCUGGCUGUGUACCGACUUUGUUGCUGGUCUCAGUUUCUCUCGCCAACAAAGAAUUAAACAUUGAAAUCCAAUCUAAGUUCUAAAACACACUGAAGCUGGGUCUGGGUUUUAGGACAAUGGUACCAGCCGGAAAAAAAAAUUCCGCUGAAUCGAAUGUGACAAAACACACUACAUGCAUCUGUGCUGGCAUGAACUACAGAUCCAAGUCCAUAUUUUUGAAGCUAUCUUAGCGCUACAGACUCGUAAAAACCAUCGUAAGCUAUUACAUUACUAUAGCGUGUUCUGUAGUGACGUCAUAGUCUACAGUGGUUUUACGAUUUCAUUGUGUUAAGAUAGCUUUGAAAAUCCCAAUCCAGGCAACACAUAACAUAGAAAAUAGUGCUAUAUUUUCACACUGCCAGACUGGCAGCUGCACAUUGUGCAGGCCUUAUUUUUUAUUUAUUUUUAAAUAACAGGAAAACUAUAUAUUAAAUAAUGUGACAUUCGCAUAAUUAUUGUUGGUGUUUAUAGAAGAAAAGAUAUAUAAGGAUGUGAACACAAAAUACACCAGACCCAGACCCAGACCUAGCUUCAGAUAUGUUUUGGAUCUUACUGUUUGCUCUGUCUUGUUUCCCUGUAGAAAGAUCUGAUGUGGCUUACAUUAUUACAUGUUCAAGUGACAUUUCAUCUGUGAUCAGAAGGUAAAAAAUGCUUACCUAAGGCAAUUUUGAACCUGCCGAUGGCAGUACCUUUUGCAACAGGUAUAAAAACCAACUGACACCAAUAUUUUUAUCCAGUGGCAAAAAAUUGUUAUCAGUAAUGCCCCUGACCUGUGGCAAUUCAUAUUGCAACUAUGGUAAUUCCUGUCGGUAAAAUGCAUUAAGCUUCUGGUAGAUUUUUACCAGAAAUAUUUUGAUUGGUCAAAUAAAAGGUCACCGGGCAAGAAUAAUGUCAGCUUUUGUUAGAUUUACUUACAGAAACAAGGCUGAGUUUGUAAUGAGAUCUCUUUUCGAUCAGAUUUACUUACAGAAACAAGGCUGAGUUUGUAAUGAGAUCUCUUUUCGAUCAGAUUUAAAUGGACUGACAAAAGAAUGCCAGAGCAGAUUGAUUAAAACAUACAAUAUUCCUUUAAAAGAAAACAAUUUGGCUUUAGGCUUAAUUGAAUGAUUGAAACAUAUCUAAUAUUCCUUUCAAACAAAAGAAUUUGCCUUUAGGCUCAAUGGAUUGAUUAGAAUAUUGAUAUUUCUUUAGAACAAAAGAAUUUGUCCUUAGGCUAAAGUUUUCUAAUUAACUGUUUACCUCUCAUUAUACUGUAAAAUUUGCUCAUGUGGUUGAACCGACAUAUGACCUGACCGUAUUUUAUAAGCAUACAUGUACAGUGAUCAAGCCUAUUAAAGGGACUAUUCUGAGUUCACAGCCAUUGGAAAGAUGUUUCCAACUAACAGAGUUGCAUUUAGUUACAAAAAUCAUUGUCCAUGAAACAUGUAAGCGGCAACGCAACUUAUCCUGUCUCUGACAAAGUAUGUUUGAAAAUAUUACAGUUCACUCAUCGUUUUGAUAAAUAACAAUUAACAUUACUUUGUAAGUUUAAAGGAGAACUGAACAGUGAGGUAAAGUUAAUACACAUAACCAAAUUAUUGGAUACCUGGGUUUAAACAAAAUACAUGUAGCAACUUGAUUGGCAUUCUUUUGUACUUUUCAUUCUUUGUAGUCGAACAUGAUUUAAAUAAGUGCAUAUUUGAUAUGCUAUUCUUGGAGAUUUUGACUGGCAUUCCUUUGUAAUUUCCAUUCUUUAUAGUCGAACAUGAUUUAAAUUAGUGCAUAUUCGAUAUGCUAUUCUUGGAGAUUUUGACUGGCAUUCCUUUGUAAUUUCCAUUCUUUGUAGUCGAACAUGAUUUAAAUAAGUGCAUAUUCGAUAUGCUAUUCUUGGAGAUUUUGACUGAGAAACUGACCUCGGCAUACCAAACUUUGUUUUAACACACUGCAUCUGUUUUGGCUGGCAUUCAUUUUAUUUUCAAGUAUUUGUCUGUUGUAAAUCAAUUCACUGUAAAUGUGAACACAUAUCUUUUUUUUUGUUUCUUAAUUUUGUAAAACUGAACUCUUGUUAAAUUUGCACACUUUAAACACAGUUUGAUGUUUUCAAUUUCACUGGUAAGUACUGUUCUGCAUGCUAAUGAAAUUUUUAUUUAGAAAUAAAUUUAUCUCAUAUUUAGAACUAUAUUUGUGUAUGUUAUACAGUAAGGAAAAAUCAGUUGUUUAAGAUUUCCAAAUUGCAUAGUGCAAAGGUAUAUGUAUUUGAUCUGAGGUGAAAGUUUUCUGGAUUUACCUGGAAUUCCAAAUGUUUAAUCAUCUAUACCAUGUCUUGAGAUUUUCUGCUGUGUGUCAAGACAUUUCUAUAUUCUCCAUCCCAAACUUACAAUAUGGUUUAGACUGGUUCUUUGAAUACAUUCUGAAUGCUGGCUGCCAUUUCAGACCACUGUGCAGCCUUUAUUCUAAGACCACUAAUAUUAACAUGUCUGGUUUUUAUGUCGUAGCUCACUUUCAGCUCUGUUAAUAAAAGUGAAUUUAGAUUGGAAGGUGUAAUUUGUUAACACACACACACACACAUUUCAUUGGUGGUGCUUAGCUCACUAUUAACACUGUCCACUGGUGUUCCAUUCCAUUCCCCAUUCAUAAAAAGCAUCUGUUUGGCUCCCUAGGCAAGAAAAAUUACCAAAUGUUUGACAUCCAAUAGCUGAUGAUUAAUAUAUCAGUGUGCUCUAGUAGUGUCGUUAAACAAAAAUCAACAAACAAACCCUAGGCAAGACUUCAGAUGUGAGUCCCCUAGUAACCUUUGAUAAAGUAAUGUUGAUUUGAAGAAUUAAUAUUAUUACAUAUAUUUUGGUAUGCAUGCAGACAUGCCACUCAAUUGCUGGUGGUGUAUAUUCUUGAACUUAAUAAACUUUUUAAGAAAUAAAAACAAUGUUUAUGGCA